UCCCUCUUUUUCAUGCAUGUCAUGUAUUUCAUGGUUUUAGCGCCUGUAAAUCAAUAAUGCAUCAUCAUCAGAUGAUGCCAGUUGUAAUGAUGAUGCAAGUUGUUGAUGUUGCUUCCUCAUCUGCCAGCUGAAAAUAGAAAAGUGAUUUUUGAAUGCAAAACAAGUGAAUUAUCUGUCGAGCAAAUAAACAGUAAAACACUAAAACAGUGACUGAUAAGCCGGUGAAGGAGAAGAUGAAAGUGAGUGUCCACUGGUAUCGCCAUGGUCUUCGCCUCCAUGAUAAUCCUGCCUUGGUUGAAGCAAUCAGGGAUGCAGAUGAGGUUUAUCCGGUCUUCAUAUUCGAUGGAAAAGUAGCAGGAACUUACAGCGCUGGAUACAACCGUUGGCGUUUCCUGCACGAAUGUCUGCAGGAUCUUGAUGAGUCUUACAAGAAAGCUGGCGGCCGUCUGUAUGUCUUCCAAGGAGAGCCACUGGAAAUAUUCUCUAAUAUCUUCAAGGAGUGGAACGUAACUCAGCUUACAUUUGAGGAGGAUCCUGAGCCAAUAUGGACUGAAAGGGAUAAAGGGGUUAAGGCAUUAUGUAAACAAAUGAAUGUGGAAUGGGUGGAGAAGGUCUCGCAUACCCUAUGGAAUCCAAAAGAUAUCCUCUCCGCUAACCGCGGCUCACCUCCACUGACGUACGAAUCAUUUUGUAAUGUCAUCGAAAUGCUUGGUGUUCCGGAGCGCCCUCUUGAUGAUGCUGACCUCACCAAGGUCAAUUUGCCUGCUUCUGAUGACCAUGACAAUAAGUUUGGCUUGCCUACACUGGAGAUGCUGGGUAUUGAGCCGGAGUGCGAGAAACAGUUGCAGAGGCAUAAUAUCUGGAUCGGAGGAGAGAGUCAGGCACUCGAACAGCUGGCGACCAGGAAGGAGAUUGAGAGAAAGGCAUUUGAAUGUGAUAGAAUCCUUCCCAUGCAGUCAGCCCCUGACCUGCUCGGACAACCGAUGAGCUGUAGCGCCCAUCUGAGGUUUGGAUGCCUCUCCAUCAGGAAGUUUUACUGGGCAAUUUGUGAUCAAUAUAAGCAGGUGAAGGAUAAGAAGCCUCCUUCUGCUGUGGUCUCUCAGUUCAUCUGGAGAGAAUAUUUCUAUACGAUGUCAGUGAACAACAUCAACUACAACUCCCAAGAGAAUAAUCCCAUAUGCUUGAAAGUGCCUUGGUAUGAGGAUGAUGAAAAGUUACAAAAAUGGAAAAAUGCGAAGACUGGCUACCCAUGGAUUGAUGCGUGCAUGACCCAGCUCCUAGUGGAAGGCUGGAUCCACCACGUUGCUCGGCAUGCUGUGGCCUGUUUCCUCACACGUGGAGAUCUCUGGUUGUCUUGGGAACAUGGAGAUAAGUUUUUCAAUCGAUACCAGCUUGAUGCCGAUUGGUCUGUGUGUGCUGGUAAUUGGAUGUGGAUUGCCAGCUCUGCAUUCGAACAAUCUCUUGAUUGUCCAAAGUGUUUUUGCCCUGUUCGCUAUGGCCAGACCAUGGAUCCGACUGGAGCUUUUGUUAGGCGGUAUUUACCGAUCCUUUCCCAGAUGCCUUUAAAGUAUUUAUUCAACCCCUGGAAGGCUCCCCCUAGUGUGCAGAAGGAAGCAGGCUGUAUCGUUGGCGAGGAUUACCCGGAGCGUAUUGUCGACCAUCUUGAAGUCUCCAAGAAAAAUAGAACCACUAUGUUAAACUAUAAAAAUUCAUUGAGUAAAAGAGAGCCCCACUGUGGUCCGGCCAGCGAGAAGGAGGUGGAUGACUUUGCAUGGUUAACAAUCAGUGCUGAAGAUAAAUGCACAGCUAACAAUGAAUGUCAGAAACUGCACGUUGAGUAAAAAGGGAGGACUGCCUGAGAGGUUAAUACUUCUACUCCACGAUGGUUGUCACAGUUAAGUGUCGCGCUUGCAUAGUUGCUGCUUACUGCAUGCUGCUUGCUGCUAAAAAUAUGGAAUUUCCCCCAGAUAUUGCUGCACAUGUUAUAGGUGGAAGUGGUUGAAUGAUUUCUCUGUGAACGCUUUAUGGGACAGACAUGUAUGUGCAAAACAUUGGCCUUAUUUUCUCCUGGAUUAUCGAUUUGCUUUAAGGAAAGUCGGAGAAACUGCAUUCUAUGCCAUUGCAAAGGCAUAAACACAGAGCUAAGAUUAUUUCAGAGCGAGUAAAACUCCAGAUGGAAAUUUUUUAUUGACUGUAUUUUAACUCUUGUCAGUCAAUGUGAAUCCAUUCCUUGUGAAAAUCUAACACUUGAUUGGUACAAUGUCAUAAAUUCUUCAUUUUCCACUGUCAUUCCUAUCACAACUCUCCUACCAUUAGUUGAGCUUCCCCUCUUCUCAACAUUCUUUCAUACAAAGUCCCUCUUUCUCAACUUGUGACCAAACUUGUCUUCCUCAAACCAAGUUUUCAGCAACUUGAAAAUCUCUCCCCACUCGAUUCCAUAUCUUUACCAGUUGCUUCGCCUUUGCUGCUGCUUUUCUCUUCUUCAGCUGUUCUAAGUUUACAUUUAAUUUAAAGGGACAACUUGGGAUGUGUGUGCAUUUCAUACAAAAAAUGGCGUCCAGCAGGACCACGACUUCUAUUAGGAUUAGCAGCAAAAAACAAUGCAAUAAAACAGAAUGUGACCAUAGGCCUGUCUGACAUUCACAAGCCAUGUCCAAAACUGCUUCGCAUUAUUGGCAAAAUCCUUAUUAGAGAUCAGCUUUAGGAUAUCGUUCAGGGGUAUCAUCCUCUUCACCAGGUAAAGCCCACACCCAAGUUGUCCCUUUAAGAAAAUUUUGACCUGUUUAAUUCAGCCUCAAAUGCAAAUGGAACAUGACGUGAAGUCGACCUCACACGUAUAGGCCGGUGCUGUAAAUGCCAUUAUCUGGCCCUUUUUCCUGUGCAGUUUCAUUUUCUCAUGAAACGAGUAUGAUGUAUUGAUGUACUUCCAGCUAGUGUUGUUAGCUUAUGGUAGAUGUCAGCACGCCACUGUGCCGAUGGUUUUGAUAAUAACGGAAACUUCUGUUAGGCCGCAACCAGUCUAUUUUGAAAGUCGGUGUCCUCUGGGCUUUCAAAAAGUCGCAGGGUAUGACUUCCCGGUAACUGUUGUUAAUUACCACAACUAUCAGGAAGCUACUGUUCAAUUCUCGCUAUCGCAUCCUACUGUGUAAAAACGGGGUCUUUUAGAGGCUGCUACAGCUAGCUAAAGUGCAUCACAAAAAAGAUCACAGCCACCAUUCCCAUCUUGAUGGGACCGUGGGAAAAAACCAGCUACCAAAACGGUGGCCAAAUAUAUGUGAACGUUGUCCCCCUAAAGAAGUAUGGAUCUAGCGUAUUCCUGUCUUCAUGCAUUGGGAGCAACCUGUACUCCAAAAUCAUUGAUUUCAUUCUGUUCUUGAAUAACACAUGUUUCUCUUCAACCAUGUUUGGAGAGAAGAGAGAAUGGAAAAUCAAUGAAAGAGUAUAAAAAUCACAUUGAAGAGGGUUCAUUGCGCUGCACUAAAUGUGACUUCUGGGGUUAAAGGCAGGGUAUAUCAAAAAAAAAAAGGUAUUUAUUUCAAAGUUAUAUAUACAAUACUGGCAGUGAAACUGUGAUAUAUAGGAAUAACUAACAUUUUGUAUUGUGUACGUGUAAGUUAUACAUGCGUUUUAUAUGGAUCAAAUAAAUGUAUUGUUUCCUUUGUUGAA